AUGAACCAGGAACGGGGCCGCCACCAGAACUAUACCAUGCUGCCUCAGCAUUCCAUCAGCAAAUCUGGUUGCCGCUUUCAAAACACAGGUCCGCAGUCCAGCCGCCUCCCAGCCGUGGUUCCGGCCCCCAACGUUCGGCCGGACUUCGGCGAUGGCCGCCACCCUGAGCUUCCGUCCUCCGCCUCAAGCGCAGACCCGACACAGCCCGGGACCAAUUCCAGGCGUAGGCUCCUCACGGCCGUCUGCAGCGACCGCCAGAAACAGGCGCACUUCCCGAUAACCCGCGGCGCGGACGUAGGGCCCCACGCUUGGGGGCCCUCGGCCCAAGGACCGAGCGAGCGGCACGGAGUCCGGAGGCACCACGACCCACGGAACGCGUGGCGCAGGGUGAGGGACGGAGCACCUUCCUGUGCUUGCACGGCCGCCUCCGAGGCCACGACGCGCGGAAAGGCCAGCCUUGGAGGAAUGAGUCCACGGCGGGGCUCGACGGACUCGGGUCGCCCCGUACCCCUGCCCGGCCCUGAUACGGAGGCCGGCGCUGGCUGCUCAGCCUCAGCGCCCCCACCGCCCCCACCAACGGCCCCCGGCCCCCGCCCACCGCCGCCGCGCCGUCCGACGCCGGGGCCUGGGCCGCAGGGCCGCGAGCCGCUCGGGCCUCCGGGGUCUGGUGGGGGGACGGCGGGGAGGGCCCGGGGGACGAGCGCUUCCCUGCGGCGGGCCCCUGGGCGCGGCCGCCGCCGUCGGACUCCGGGCGGAGCGGACACCCGGGCCGGCGGUCAGGGCCCCGGCCCCGCCAGCCAAGGCCCGAAUCUGUGCGGCGGGGACAGCGUCUCCCCUCGCGCCCUGUCCGUCCCGUCACCGCGGCGCCCGCCCGGCGCUCCGAAUCCCAGAGCCGACUGA